CUCCAAGCCACAUCCAUUAAUAGCUGUGCUCUCACUAGAUUCUAGCGACAACUUCAUCCAACCGUCUAACAUAUUUAUUUUUGUUGCAGCCCCCAGGUCUAUUAGAACGUACGUACCCGUUUGGCAUUGAAAGCCUUGGGCAUCAUGCACCGGAGGUAUACUAAAUAUUUGCAGUCCCUACCAGUCCCCGACAGUAGUCCGCGAAGCUGGAUCGUAGCCGUUGAGGCGGUCAUUAACCUUUCCGUGAUCAUGUAUACACGUCAGUAGAUCGAGGCCUACUAGGGCUUCCGUAGGCACGGAGAACAGCGCCAAUCGACAGAAGUGACAUUGUAGCAAUUCCGGACUUUACCUUGUGACGAUCCAUAAGCUUUCUAAUUGAUUGGAAUGAAGAACAGAAUAUUUUUGGAAAGAAAGAGAAUCGGUUCCGGCCUUCAUUUCGUCAUUGCAUUUCUGAAACUGGUGUUUAAAGCAUUGGGAAACUCUUCUUUUUCUGCCAUAAUUCUUGCGCUUUGCUUGCUGAUUUCUGGAGGAUGCUACGAGUAUAUCGCUUAUCAAGUUGGACUGAUUGCCUCCGAAUUUUAUGCUGCCCUGACUUCAAAAAGUUACAUAAGGUUUACUUGGACUAUCAAGUUGUCCGUCUUAUUUGUGGUGUCCAUAUCACUGACCGUCGCCGUAAAGAACAUGAUCUCUGGACAUCUGGCAGUUCUAUUACGACACGCUUUGACUACACGUUUGCACCGGGCUUAUUUUCGAUGCAAACAUUUCUACACACUUAAUCAGCUGGUGGAUCUGGAUAACCCGGAUCAGCGGUUUACUGAAGAUAUCAGCAUUGCUUGUAAUACACUAACAGAAAUUCUUCCACUUUUCAUAAUAAACCCGAUUUUGAUUAUUUUCUAUACGUACAAGUGUGUCGAGAAAGCUGGUUGGCUUGGCCCUAUCUCGGCUUUCCUUUUGUUCAUUGUUUUCGCUGUUCUCACUCGAUCGCUCAUGACCUGGACGUCUACGGCUGUUUACGAGCAAGAAAGACAAGAGGGUAGCUUCAGGUACAUGCACAGUCAACUACGCAGCUGUGCUGAAAGCGCAGCAUUCCUGAAUCUAGGUGUUUCCCAACACUCUCAUUCAACAUGGUCACUCCUCCGCUUGCUUCACGCUUUUCGCGUCAAAGUAAAUCGAAACGCUGUUUUAUACUUUGUAACAACAUUGAGCGCAUAUACCGGAUCAAUCCUCAACUAUCUGGCUAUUGGCAUUGUGCUUUUUGGCGGACUAUUCGGCAACAUGACCUCGUCUGAGAUCACGGUUCUGAUUAGUCAGACGAGUUUUUUCCUUCUCUACCUAAUCAACAAAUUCACUUCUCUAAUCGAGCUUGGCGUACAAAUAGCCGCGCUGGUCGGCGUCGCUAAUCGUAUCCUUACACUGAACAAGUACUUAGUAACCUGCGGAGAUUACGACAACCCAGCCUCCUACUUAGUCCCCGACCUCAUUAAUGCUGUGGGAAUUUUACCAACUUCGUUUCCUCCUCCCGGCUCGAUACCCCCUACAGACGGUGAAACGUUCCUUGUGUUGGAACACAUUUCGAUCGGCAUUCCCCCGGACAUGGAACAGAUUCUGGUGCAUGACCUGAAUUUGACAAUACGUCUUCAGGACCCCAUGCUUAUCAGUGGCCCUAGCGGUGUCGGUAAAACUGCGUUGCUACGCACCCUGGCUGAUUUGUGGCCCGCGUUGGCUUCCGAUCCUUUGAGUCCCGAAGCUAGCCAUUUUUACCGAUCACCUCACUUCAAACAAGUGUUUGUGCCUCAGCAACCGUUUGUGCCCUGUGGUGCGUCCUGUCCAACCGAGCUGUUUUCGAUAUUGGGGCUUAGUCAGACAUCUUUCAACAUCAUUCCCGAAGCUCGUGCUUUGCACUUAGCCUACCUACUGUUGACAAUUGCUGAGGUGCCGCAACUUCGGACUGAUUCGGUGCCUACUAAAUGUCUCAAUGUUGAACCCCGCUUCUUGCACUCGACCACAGCUGUAAACAAUGCAUUUUUGGAAAAUGAACUCACCCACUUUGAUGCUGAGGAGUGCCCACCUGGAUCAACCUUGGGCAGGUAUCAACUAUGUGGAUACUCUCUCGGAUCCUACUUAAAGGCCCUCUCUCUACUGGCUGAAUUUCGUCUUAUCACAGCAGCAGAAUGCCAACGAUUGAAUUCCGUCUUGAUCCGUGAACCAUUCAGGGACUGUGAAGAAAUUAUCGCGAAACGUUUCUGCACAUCGGUUUCUCUCUGCGAUUUUAUUACAACUUUAUUCCACUCAGGUUGUCAACCGGUGCCUCGCGGAGGCGGUCUUGAUGGCAGUGAAUGGAGAUCUUCGUACUCUCCAGGUGAAAUGCAACGUCUUAUGUUGGCUUCUGUAUGCUACCAAUCACCGCACGUGGCGUUCUUAGACGAAGCCACCAGUCAACUAAAUAUGGAGGACGAAGAACAGGCCUACAUAAGCAUGCAAUCUCGUCAUAUCACGACCAUAAGCGUGGCUCACCGUUCAACUGUUCAAAAGUAUCAUAGACAAGAAUUAUCUCUUCGCUCAUACGAAUCUCCUCGUAUCGGAGACACCGAUCGUUGUUCUUCAUGGAGAGCUGCAAGAGAAUUACAUGUCCCCGCUCCCUCCCAGUGGACAUUACGUCGCUACUAAUAAUACCGGAGGGAAUUAUUUUUCUUUUACUUACGUUUUACUUCUCAAUCUGAUCAAUCUUCCGCUCCUCCGAAAUAUCUUGGAGUUUUCCUUUCCUCUAUUUUCCUCUCUUUUAGUUGACUUACCCAUGUUUUUGCAUUCCAUCCUUUAUUUGGAGUGAACUGUCUUUUAGCUACGCCUUUACUUGUCUUUCUCUCUGAUUCCCAUUCUAAACAUCAUUUUUUGUUAGAUUUUCGAUCCCAUUACCCCAUGUAUUAUAUUAGCAGAUGUGCCACACGCUGCAUCAAUUCGCACCGCAACUCAGUUGCCUUUCUUGAGCAGCCUACUCCGUGUAGCUUCCUGUGUCUUCUUAUUUAACUACUAUUAGAGAUUCCAUGCUCUCACGAGUAUAUGUUGGUCUCUAUUGAUUCACGAACGAUUAGUAUUUUCGAGUAUUAUUUGCUACCUUUUGGUGAUCCAGAUUUCGUAAAUACUUCCAGUUAAUUCGCAAAUCAGGGAACCAAAUGCUUCCUUUUACGCCGAUUUUUCUACGUUCACUUAUUUCAAAUACAAACGAAUCACAUUUUGUGAAACUUAUCUUCGGUUAUCCAAUACAUUUAUCACAACUUAACUUCGUUUGUGGACAUCAUUCACAGUCAAACUAAAGUCAGUAACAAACAA